GUAGCCAUGUCCAGCUCCUCUUUCGUUCUCCCCGAUCUUCACGCUGUGACCCCUUUCAAGGGGUCUUUCAACCCCAACUACCCCGAAGCCGCAGCCGAAUCCUCCGAAUGGAUCAAUAGCUACCGGAUCCUCUCCGACAAAAAGCGUGCCUUCUUCCUUCAAGGAGGUAGUGAACUUCUCUGCGCGCACGCUUACCCCUACGCCGACUACGAACAAUUCCGGACGACCUGCGAUUUCGUGAACUUAUUGUUUACGGUGGACGAGAUCAGCGAUGAUCAGGACGGAAAGGGGGCACACGAGACCGGUCUCACCUUCUACAACUCGAUGCGGGAUCUUAGCUACGAUGAUGGCACCACCCUUUGCAAAAUGACAAAAGAGUUCACCGCACGUCUUCUGAAGCAUUGUGGUCCUUUGACCUACCGACGCUUCGUGAAGCACUGCAAGGAUUACAUUGAGGCCGUAGCUUACGAGGCCGACUUGCGCAUGAAGGGGACGGUACUCGACCUCGAUUCCUACAUCACACUCCGUCGCGAGAACAGCGCCGUUCGCUUCUGCUUCGGGCUCGCCGGCUAUGCGCUCGGCAUUGACCUUCCAGACGAGGUGGUCGAGCAUCCCGCUUUCAUGGCCAUGCAUCUUGCCACCGUAGACAUGGUCUGCUGGUCUAAUGACCUGUACUCGUACAACAUGGAACAAGCGAUGGGCCACACCACCAACAACGUGAUGACAGUCCUCAUGCGCCACAAGGGUCUCGAUCUGCAGGGGGCUAGCGACUACGUCGGAGUGCACUUCAAGGGCCUCAUCGACGCCUUCCUCGAGGCCAAGCGCAGCCUGCCCAGCUGGGGUCCCAAGAUUGACCGCGAGGUUGCGCAGUACACCAUGGCCAUGGAGACCUGGGUCAUCGGCAACCUCAACUGGUCGUUCGAGACCCAGCGCUACUUCGGCCAUGCUCGCCAGCAAAUCAAGCAGACGCGUGUUGUGCAUCUUUACCCGCGCCGCGUUGAGGAGGAGGCGUCUGAUGACGAAGAUUAGGCACAUGGUAUCUAACACUGCCGCCAAUGAACGGUCCGCGAGCUUGCUCUAUGUAUGAACCUUUCCAGAGUUUUGUGUUAUCUAUCCAUUGUCUAUUGUCACUGUCCAGAGCAUCUGAUAGUCGCUGAUCCCUAAAUGUUGUAUCGUAGUCUUCCGCACCUAAAAUGUUCC